AGAGAGAGAGAGAGUCAGAGAGAGAACCACCAAGUCUACUCCUGCAAAUCUUUACGCGUUAGGCAGCUUGAUGUUUUUAUAGCAGUUAUAUUCACAAAUCUGAUCUACACAGUAGAAGCUCAAGACACGGCACAAUAAACGGAGGUCGUCAUAAAAAAAAUGACCAGCAUGGGUAUUCAGGCCGCACUCGCCGUCCUCCUCCUGCUCGUAGCUACCGUGAAGGCUGAUGACGGAGGAGUGUCAUUCUGGGGGGAAUCUUGCACAAUGACCUGUCCAGAAGAGGGGACGUGGUACUACAAAAACAAAAACAUCAGUGAGGGACUGACAUAUAAAUUCAAGUAUGAAAAUGACAAGAAAGGCCUUUACCGCUGUGAAUACGACAGAAAAAAAUAUUACUUCUAUGUACAAGGAAAGGUGUGUGAGAACUGUUAUGAGCUGGACGCCACUUUGUUCUCUCUGGCCCUCGUUGCGGACAUAUCCGUGACGGCAUUCGUGAUGAUGAUGAUCCGCAUGUGCAUCAGGAAGAGGAGCUCAGCCGGACUCGCUCACACUCCCAAAGCACCUGCUCGUUCAGGAGGCCGGGCUCCGCCUGUCCCAUCUCCUGACUAUGAGCAAUUGAACACUCACACUCGCUCCAAGGACACUUACUCUGUCGUGAACAGGACGGGGUAGAGACGAGUGACCUGGCGGCGUCAGGUUCCUGGUUUGAAGGCCGCACGGAUGAAGGCGAACACUCACCAAAGACAUACAUGAACAGCUGUCAGGCUCCCAGCUGCAUGCAAGCACUUGCUUUCGCCCCUUUGGAUUUAAAUGGUUGUUUGACCCACAUGGAAAAAAAAGAAACGUUGUCUCCCUUUCCUCUGGUAUCACCUUGCCGGGUAGAGUAGUCGUUUCAGUUGCCCAGGUACAAAAUUAAAUUAACUGCUUUUAGUUUGUGGAGCUCAGCAUUUACAAAUCAAAACUACUUAUGGAUUACUCUUCUUCCAGUAUUCCAAACCAAUAUAAGUAUAUCGACACAUUUAUGUCUAUGAGGAAAUUUAACAGGAUUAUAAAUUGGUGUCAUACUAAUUGUCAGUGUAUUCACUGUCAUAAUGAUAGAUCAACCAACUAUCAUAGUCUCACAGUCCUCUACUGGCCUGAGUCAGCUGUAAUACAUUUAACUGAGAGCGCAUGAAAGCUACUUUAAAGUUUGUCUAUUCACGUCCACUGUAUCGAUGUGCAGGCAGAAAUCUCAGAGAAAGACGUCUGGUCAAAUAAAAACAAAAUUAUAUACAUGGCUGGGUGCCAUCAGAGGUAAGUGAGAAAAUGUGGGAGGGGGGCUGCUGUUUGAUUUAUAAAUAUACACUCAGUAGCGACUUUAAUAGGUACACCACAGCCUAAUGCAAUCCAAUACAAGCGUCGCUGUCAUCCCGCUGUUGAUGAAAUGAUGUGUUUUAACACUGCGGUUGUCGCGGUGCUGUUGAUCAGUAUAUAGAGAAUGUUGUGUAAUGACCUCAGUGAUAAACACAUUUAUACAUUUUUAGCGAUGUUACCAAGGAAGGUGACAAAAGCUUUGCCUUGCAGAGUAAAUGCAUUGGAUCACAUUAGACUGUACAAGUGUGCCUAAUAAAGUGGCGACUGUGUGUGUUUGUGUGUGUGUGUGUGUAUAGAUUUGUACUAUGACUGUACUGACCCUUAUAUAUAAAAAUAUAGUAUGGUGGAGCAUUGUCGAAUUUACAAUAAUGUCACAAAUAAAAAUUAUUACUUGUAUUGUCAUUUCAAAUGUUAGUAUACUUGUUUCCUCUCAGCUACAUAUACUCUGAUAUGUUUCUGUCAUCAGUUCUGACUUGCCUUAUUGUAAAAAGUAGCAAAUUUUGUUCAUUUUUUUAUCGCACACAUAUAUUUUGCUCAUCAACUUUGUUCUUUUUUUGCUUUUUAACUUUUUACUUCUAACCUGUGUCACUAAUAAAUGAACCACAGUCAC